CCGGGCACCGAGCGCAGCCCCGGCCCGGUCCCCGCAGCAUCGUCCCGGCCGCCCCCCAGCAUGAGCCCCGCCCCGCCCCGCGGGGGGACAGCUCUGCCUAUUUUGGGGUGAGGACACCCCGAAACAAGCCCUGGCCUUGCAGGACAAGGUGACCGAGGGACCCCAGCGGGAGCGGGGGGGCACCGGAGCAUCAUGGCACACCCCAUCUCAGCCUUCCAGGCUGCCUACAUCUCCAUCGAAGUGCUCAUCGCCUUGGUGUCCGUGCCGGGCAACAUCCUGGUCAUCUGGGCUGUGAAGAUGAACCAGGCACUGCGAGAUGCCACUUUCUGCUUCAUCGUGUCGCUGGCGGUGGCCGAUGUGGCCGUGGGGGCUCUGGUCAUCCCGCUGGCCAUCAUCAUCAACAUCGGCCCGCAGACGGAGUUUUACAGCUGCCUCAUGGUGGCGUGUCCCGUCCUCAUCCUCACCGAGAGCUCCAUCCUGGCGCUCCUGGCCAUCGCCGUGGAUCGCUACCUGCGGGUGAAGAUCCCUGUCAGGUACAAGAGCGUGGUGACGCCCCGGCGGGCGGCCGUGGCCAUCGCCUGCUGCUGGAUCGUGUCCCUGCUGGUGGGACUCACCCCCAUGUUCGGCUGGAACAACCUGAGCAAGAUGAGGAGGACUCAGGAGCCCAACGCCAGCCAGGAGUUCAUCAUCACGUGCCAGUUCGAGACGGUGAUCAGCAUGGAGUACAUGGUGUACUUCAACUUCUUCGUGUGGGUCCUGCCCCCCCUGCUGCUCAUGCUGCUCAUCUACCUGGAGGUCUUCAACCUCAUCCGCAAGCAGCUCAACAAGAAGGUCUCGUCCAGCUCCAACGACCCCCAGAAGUACUACGGGAAGGAGCUGAAGAUCGCCAAGUCCCUGGCGCUGGUCCUGUUCCUCUUCGCCCUCAGCUGGCUCCCCCUGCACGUCCUCAACUGCAUCACCCUGUUCUGCCCGUCCUGCGAGACCCCCCACAUCCUCACCUACAUCGCCAUCUUCCUCACCCACGGCAACUCGGCCAUGAACCCCAUCGUCUACGCCUUCCGCAUCAAGAAGUUCCGGACAGCCUUCCUGCAGAUCUGGAACCAGUACUUCUGCUGCAAAACCGCCAAGAACGCCACCGGCAGCACCACCACGGCCGAACCGGCCAAUUAGGGCCGGGGGGAGGGCAGGGAGGGGGGUCUGUGCCCCCCCCGGACCCACUGGACGCUGCUCCUGCCUUGGGAGAAGGGAAUGAGGACCUGGAGGGUCGGGGCCAUCCCAGCAGCCUGGUCCCCCCCCCUCCCGGGGGGUUAUUUAUUCACUGUUUGGAUGUUGUAGCCCUGCACUGUUCCUUUCUCGGUUUGUUUUUGGUUUGUUUCCCCCCGUUUGUUUUUGUUUUUCUUUUUUAUUUUUUAAGGGUUGCCAAGUAUUUAAAAGGAGAGGUUGUACAGACAGAGGAGCAGUUUAUCUUCCUGCAAAUAAAGAGCCGUGGCCCAAACCAGGCAGGAGGUGCCCUCCCAUCAACGGAGACCCCCAGCUCUGUGGGGUUGUGGGGGCACCUCCUGCUCUGCCCCCCCUCAUCCAUGGACUCAGCUGGGCACUGGGAACCAGGGAGUGAAGGUGCUGAGGGCCCAGGCAGGGGGAUUGCUGGAGAUCUGCAGCUCUUCAGAGCUUUUCUUCCCCCUCCACAGCCAGGGAGAGCUGAACCUGGCACAGGCACGGCAAGGGAGGGGAAAAGGCCUCCCAUGGCAGUGGAACCAACCGUCCCCACAGAGCACAGGGUCGGUGUCCAGCUCCCAGUGCCAGCAGACAGGGGGCAGAGGGGCAGUGGAACCCUCAGCACAACCCCAGAGUGCUCUGCAGGAGCACCUCGUGCAGCUCCCCGUGGACCCCAACAGCACCCACACCCCAGGAGCUGCCCCCAGGGGCUGUGUCCUCUCCACAUGUCUUUCCUUCCAUUUACUUCGGGUUUGAGCCCUUUUCCCUCUUUUCUCCCUCGUGUCUUCUGUGAAAAGCAGCAGCAAAUCUC